AUGAUAAAGGAAACGAUAGAUAUAGAGAAGCUAGCAGAUACUGUAAUUGAAAAUCAAACAGAUCCAAUAGAAAACGAUAAUAUUAGAGUAACAGAAUUAGAUUGAAACACUUAAAGAUAGGAUAUAAGAAAAUGGUUUAACAAAAUUGGAGUUAAAAUUAAGCAAUUAACAAGCUAGAAAUGGUAGAGCAAGAAAAAAAGGAAGGCUCUACUAAUUAAAUACAAAAUAUCAAAUGAUUGACUUGUAAGGUGAAUUAAAAAAUAAUGGCACAAAAAAACAAAGAAAUAUACACUAGAAAUAGAUAUAUAUUCUUAAAAUGUUGACAAAUCAGAUUCUUUAGAAAUUUGUGACCCUCAAUUAUGAUGAAUAAGAUGAAUGUUGUAAGUAUUACUGA